CAGGCAUCCACGGCCUUCAGCCAUUGGCUGCCUCGAAUCACAUGUGUUGUUGUCAAGAUGGCGUCUCCGAAUGGAGGUGAGGACUUUGAAUCCUCUCUGCUAAGUUUUGAAAAACUUGACCGAGCUUCACCUGACCUGUGGCCGGAGCAGUUACCAGGUGUUUCUGAAUUUGCUGCAUCCUUCAAAAAUCCUAUCACAAAUUCUCCGCCCAAGUGGAUGGCUGAACUGGAGUCAGAAGAUAUUGAAAUGUUGAAAGAAUUAGGAAGUUUGACCACAGCAAAUCUGAUGGAGAAGGUGAAGGGACUGCAGAAUCUGGCUUAUCAAUUGGGUUUGGAAGAAUCUCGAGAAAUGACUAGAGGAAAAUUCCUGAACAUCUUGGAGAGACCCAAAAAGUGAAGACCCAGAUGGUGAUCGUUGACCUGUCGGGUCAGCUGCCAGUUGAUUGUGAGCUUGUAAGGCAGAAAACAGUAGCAUGAUACGCUAAACGCUUUCACUAAUAUUCGACUGAUUCGGGGUCAAAACAUCAUAAUAUCACAUCGUUUUUGUAUAUACGUUUAAUUGCUUUAAAUGACAGGCGCUGAGUAGAAAGCGUAGGAUAUUGCUGUGCUUUUCAAUAAAUGUUCAUAAAUGUAUUUAUUUUUCACUCUACAGUUUAAUACAACUUCAAUUGUUUUAAUAAAAAUACAGCGUUGUUUAAAUAAAGAACAAUUGGUUGUGCCCUUGC